UGAGUGCAGACUGUACCAAGUCACUGAUGACCUACUUGUGGAUGUAGGACUGGAGUAAUACGCUGUGUUCUCCGGCAGGUCCUGGGGAUGAAAUGGGAGCCAAGUUAUCACUGGUGGAGGUUCCGGGACCAGUGCUGGGACCCUCCCCCACACUGCAGAACAUCCAGACGGCAUAUGAGAACGGAGAAGAGGACGCCGCCAGAGAGCUGAUCCAACAGGCCUGCUGCGUGGAAUGCAGCGCAGGGACGCCACGCAUCAAUGCGUCCGUCUCCUGUAUAUGGCCUCUCAACAUGGAGAUCUGCAGAGCGUCACGUACCUUCUGAAAGAGGCUCAUGUAGCGGUCCCUCACGAACCGUCCAAUGGAAACCCGGCCAUCGUAGCGGCGUACUACGGCCACACCAGCCUGGUCAAAGAGCUUCUGGACUCCAUCCCUGGUCCAUGUCUGAGCAGAGACCUGCUGAACUGGAUGUUGGCCACGUCAUGCCAGCAGGGCCACAUGGACGUGGUCCGUCUGCUGGUCCACAACUACGAUGCAGACGCCAAAGACUGUGGGAGCCACAGCGAGGAGUUUGCAGUGAUAACUGGUCUGCCGCUGUACGCCGCCGCACAGGCAGGUGAGAACGGAAACAAUGCACGCCUGCAUGAUUGGUCAAGUCACAAACAUAUAAUCAAUAAUCAGUCCAAUCUGACAUAG